GAGUGGGCGGGUGACAAUUGUAGGAAAGAUCAGCAGCAGCAGCAGUUGGAGGAGUCCUGACUUCUGUGUAGGAAUCAGAGCAGUGACAGCAGCGUCAGCAGAGAGGGGCACGCAGCAGCAGCAGCAGCAGCAGCAGCUUGAUGGAGAAGCAGCCACUUCCAGGGAUGCAGGAAAACGCCUUAAUUCGGAGCAUUGAGGAAGAGUACAGGAAAGCAUUCCAGUAUAUAAAUAAAGGUCUGAACGCAGAUGAAGCUGGUUACAAGCAAGAUGCUCGCAACUUUUACAUACAAGGCCAGGAGAAUUUGCUCAGAGGAUUAAGUGUCUCCUUGCAGGGACCAGAGUGCAGGGGUCCGGCUUGGGAUACUGCCAGGCAGAUGCAGGAAAAGAUGCAGGAGACAUUGGAGAACAUAAACACAAGAUUGAAUAUUUUGCAGCACAGUAUGUCUGGUAGCCCUGCCGCGGGGGCAUCAGCUCUAUACCCAUCGCUGCCCUUGAAAGAAAAAGAAAGGCCAGAGCGCCCACCACCCCCUCAGAUGGCUCCAUGCCCUUUAGAGCCAACCAAUGGAGUCUCGUGUAUAGCAACAGAAGCCACCAAUCCCCGUAUAGGAGGUGCAGCAGCCCCGCCAGCCUACACCCCCCAGGCCACAGAUGGACAUUACACCGUCUCCUAUGGGACAGAGUCUGGGGAAUGUUCCAUAGUAGGGGAUGACUUCUACUGUGUGUAUGCACAGCCACCCCCAGUGCAGAGUCUGGGGGUAGACGCAGAGGAACUGAUCCUCAUUCCCAGAGGGGUUCAGAUCUUCUAUGUCACCCCAGAUGGUCUGGUGAGUGCCCCCUCAUAUCCAGGGUAUCUCCGCAUUAUAAAGUUUAUGGAUACCACCAGUGAAAUGGCUCAGGAGCGCCCCCCUGCUUUCCUCCAGGUGUGUGACUGGCUGUACCCAUUUAUGUGUAGCCAGUCCCCUGUUCUACGCACAAACACUGGGGUCUACAUGUUCCCAGACCUGAUGUCACAGGUGUCCGGCUCCUAUGUGGGUGUGGUGCUCUCUGCUCAACUGCCGGCCGAUGACCUGGAGCUAUUUGAGGACCUGCUAAAACAGUUGUCUGAUCUGAGAAUCCAGCCCUCUGACACCUCUGGUGAAGUCAUAGAUUUGGCCCAAACGAUACAUAUAGUUCCUAUACCUGAGCCUGAGCCAGAACGAAAGGAGAAGGAAGACCUGCCGCCGUGGAGUGAGAAGGUAGCAUCAGGAAUUCUCCAAGGGGCCUCUUGGCUGAGUUGGGGUUUGGCAAAAGGAGCUGAGCUUACAGAAAAAGCCAUCCACAAAGGUGCUACUAAAAUAAGGGAAAACAUUCAACCUGAGGAUAAACCUCUGGAGGUCAAUCCCACCGUGGCCAAAGGACUUCACGUGGCUAAGAAAGCCACCGGCGGAGCAGUUAAAGUCAGCCAGUUCCUUGUGGACGGUGUGUGCGCUGUUGCAAGCUGUGUUGGGAAGGAGCUGGGGCCACAUGUAAAAAAUUAUGGAAGCAAGCUUCUUCCUGAGUCUCUGAAGAAAGAUAAGGAUGGCAAAUCUCCACUGGAUGGCGCAAUGGUGGUAGCAGCCAGUGGCGUACAAGGAUUUGCAACAGUCUGGCUGGGCCUGGAGCAUGCUGGGAAAACCAUCGCUAAGAGUGUGGCCUCCGAGACUGUACACACUGUCAAGUACAAGUAUGGAAAAGACGCCGGGCACGCUACUGACAAUGCAAUGAAUUCUGCCAUCAAUGUUGGCGUCACUGCACUGAACAUAGACCACAUUGGUAUAAAAGCAAUUGUGAAGAAGACGGCAAAGGAAACCAGUUAUACCAUUCUGGAUGAUUACAAAUUAAUUGAGAAACAGGACAAGAAGGAGGAACCUCACUGAACCAUUAAUAGUGCUCUCCCUGUUGCCUUAAUGUGUGACUCUAAGCUUUCUCAAUGGAAUGACCAGAAUAACUGCGUGUUCCUCCAUUCCCAGUUACAUUUCCCGUCUGAGAAAGACCAUUCUACUACUAGAAACUAGGAUUGAGAUUUUAUGUCCGAAUCUGAACCGUAAACUUGGGGCCUAAGAAUUUUUUUUUGUGUUUUUUUUUUUUUUUUUCCAGUAGAGUAGAUUGAAGUUAUACUUGGGUCGUCCUGAGCUUCAGUAUGUUCCAUUACUCGGUUAUUCUCUUUACCCACUAAACAGUAGACAUAAUAACAACUAUGCGGUCAGACAUUAGUCAGUUUUUCCUGCAUCUUUUAUCAUGUAACACACAUAAACUGCCACAAUAAGGUCUGACAUCUGUUCCAGCACCUUAUGCACACUAAAAUGA